ACAGAUCAAAGAUGUCAGGACGUGGUAAAGGAGGCAAAGUGAAGGGAAAGGCCAAGAGCCGAUCAUCCCGUGCGGGACUGCAGUUUCCCGUGGGUCGUAUCCACCGUCUGUUGAGGAAGGGCAACUACGCCGAGAGAGUGGGAGCCGGCGCCCCUGUGUAUCUGGCCGCCGUUCUUGAAUACUUGGCCGCCGAAGUCUUGGAGUUGGCAGGCAACGCCGCCCGCGACAACAAAAAGACCAGAAUCAUCCCCCGUCAUCUGCAGCUGGCCAUCCGCAACGACGAGGAAUUGAACAAACUCCUGUCCGGCGUGACCAUCGCCCAGGGUGGUGUCCUGCCCAACAUCCAGGCCGUGCUGCUCCCCAAGAAGACCCAGAAGUCAGCCAGCAAGGCCGUUUUCACGGCCACCCAAAUUUUUCGAAAAGAUGCCUCUAAUACAAGUCAAGAAACGAAACUUGAAUAA